CUCUUCCCCCCCAGGAUAAACAAGCUGGGAAGCCUUACGAGGUUUACUUCGAGGUAAUUCAGCAAUCACCCUCCGGCAUGGGAGCGGGCUUGCGCUGAUUCGACGAAACUCCCGCUCUCUCCCACCUCCCCCGCCGGGGCUUCGAGCACCCUCCGAGUCCCAAUUUGCGGCUUUUCAUCACCCCCUCCCGGAUCAACCAUGGCUCUAAUCCAGAUGAGGGAGCUGUUGCAGUUCCCCGACAACGGGGACAAUGCAACCGACACCGUUAUCAACGGCAUCCAUUUCAACCGCAGCGCGCUGCACCACUUCAACUACACACUCUAUUCCAACGGAACACUGUCGAACGGAUCGAACUGCUGGCUUGCUUUCCAGAUGUACAAACCGAUCAUGUUUUCCAACGGCACCUUUAUCAACGGUACAUCGUGCUAUUCUCCUAUCGAAGGCGUUGGGACGCGAGGCAGUAUCGGAAUCGCGUUUGCGUCGAUGUUCGCUCUCACCAUCUUAUUCUCGCUGAUCAACCUUCGGAAGCACGGCCGGAGAUACUUGCCUGUAGAUAAGAGAUGGAGCUUGGUAGGGCGGAGAUGGCAAUGGUACUGGAUGCUCUUCGUCGGUGCAUGUGGAACGAUCAGUUGCUUCACGAGCAUCGAUGUCGAUCGGGAUUACCUACAAGGCCUUGCGAUCAUCCUGCAGAGCUUAUUCUAUUAUUUGACGCUUCCAACGGUGUUGGCGGCGGUAUGGGAAAGCGUUCGGCAUUGGGGUUCGUGGCAGGAGCGCCAAAUCCAGGACCGCGAUAAUUUCGCCUUCGCUGCUGAAACGACACGAGAGAAACAGGAAUUUUAUCUCCCGCUGAUAUUCUAUCUCUUUGCGUUUCUGAAUUUCUUCUUAACCAUUCCAAGAUCGUGGACGAAUGUACAGAAGCAGCGGAGCGAAGACCAGCAGGAAAGUUUGGCGAAACCAACCGCAACCGAUGGUCGUUUCAAGUCCGCAAGUAUUCUGGUGGCUGUCUGCUUGUUCCUCAUCUGCUACAGCCUUGGCCACAGCCUAUACAGGUAUAAACACCGUCCACAGGGACGCGUAUGGGUCGCCUUCUACCUAACCAUCAUACCGUUCAAAUUCAUCAUUACGAUCCUUCUUGCUGGGGCACGAAUUGGGUUCGGUAUUGCAUCAGCCUUCAAUUGGACUAUAUCACCCUUGAAAUAUAACGGUGAACCAGGAUGGCUGUAUGGACUCGGCUAUACUCCUGUUCUGCUUAUUCUAAUAAUCUUGAACAUCUACGGCUAUCUCGAUCGUAACGAGGAUAAGGAGCUUAUCCGUCAGCGCGUUGAACGUGGUCGUAUUGCAGAUAACGAACUAGGGAUUGACCGGAAGAACAGGAAGCCGCACUGGUGGCACCGAUCGAGGACCGACUAUACACCUAGUACUCUCGGUCUGGAUGCAGAUGAAAGAUUGCGGACUCUUGUUGCGGAAGUGGGCGGUGGCACGGCGACGAAGAAAAACCUUCAGAAGAUGGUUGAAAUGGGCGUCCUCAAUCCUACCAAGUAUAGAGACGAUGAUCCGCCUGAAGAACUCCCGGCAGAGGAGCCUUCCGCGGAAUUUGAAUGGCCACGAAAAGACAGAUUUGUUGUUAUGGAUGAAGAGGAAAACAAGCCGGAAGCCUCACAGGGUAACAGUAUACCACCAGGCCCGAAACCUGAAGCUUCGCCUACACUAAGCCGUGCGAACAGUCAUAACACGGCAUUUUCUGGAGAAACACUUACGUCUCAAGCCAAAGCCCAUAGAGUCAGAAGCAUGUUAGAUAUCUGAAAACGAGAAUGUGGUUGGUAUUUGUGAUGAUCUCGAUGUGUAUAUAGUUUUUAUUUUCUUGGGUUUCUUUUUAGCUGAUACUCCGGAGCAAAAAGGCGUGUAGGUAGAAACAAUAUGACUUCAUGAUUUGACGCUAUA